GAGGAAGAGGAUCCCUCCUUGUUUGACUAUGACUCUUUCCUGGAAGCUAAGGCAGUUGUGUCGGAAAGCAAAAAGGCUGCAGCUCGUCAAGAGGCAAUUGAGCGGAAGCCGAAGUAUAUCAACAACCUUCUAGAUGCUGCGUCUCGACGUAAGCAGGACCAGCUUGUGGCGCGCGAGAAGCUAUUGCAGCGGGAACGCGAAGCUGAAGGUGAUGAGUUCGCUGACAAAGAGAAAUUCGUGACCACUGCAUACAAGCAGCAGCAGGAAGAGACUCAGCGGCUGCAAGAGGAAGAGAAGAGGAAAGCUGAGCUCGAUGCGAAACGAAAGGGUCAGCUCGGUGGUGGCAUGCAGAGCUUCUACCGAAAUAUGAUGGACCAAAAUGAACGACAGCACCAGGAGGCCAUGGAGGCUGCAGCCAAAGCCGACCCUGCUGCAAUAUCUGGUGCCGCUCAGCAAUCUAAGGAAAAGACGGAUGCCGAGCUUGCAGCUGAAGCCAGAGGCAAGGGCAUCAGUGUCCACACCAACGAGGAAGGGCAAAUCAUCGACAAACGUGAACUGCUCUCUGCAGGGCUCAACAUCGGCACUUCUGGGAGUGGUUCCAAUAAGCAUGGCGCAGACCAUCUGUUGAGCUCAAAUCGCCCCGCCCAGUCAGCGUUUGCGAACCGAAAUCCCGCGCACCAACAAGGUCAACGCGAACGACAGAGUCGUAUGAUGGAGGAGCAACUUGCGGCGCAAGCCAAGCGAGCUAGAGACGAGGAGGCGGAAGAACGAGAGAGACUGGAGAAAGCGGCCAGGUCAUCGAAGACUGACAAAGACAUCGGUGACGCGAAGGCUCGCUAUCUGGCAAGAAAG